UACCCAUGUGAAGGCUACCUUGAAGUCUACCAUAACAACAUAUCGGGUUAUGUUGGGGAUACACACUGGGACAAGAACACUGAAAAAGUGGUUUGUAAGAGCACUCACUGUGGGGAAACCUGUGGAGAACCCAGUAAUAGACAUUCUUAAGCCUUCUGAAGACAGACCGAUCUGGCUCAAUGAACUGAAGUGUGAAGGACACGAGAGCGCUCUGUGGAAAUGUAAACAUCCUGGUUGGAAGUCCAGCUAUUACUCAAAGCUCACAGUGAAAAAACUUAAGUGUUCAAGUAAUAUCACAUUGAGCCUGGAUAGACACAAAUGUGCUGGAGCUGUCAAGUACUCCAUUGAUGGCAAACCUCCGGGUUACUUUUGUAACAACAGCACUGGUAAAAAAGAAGCCAGGCUUCUGUGUAAAAAUCUCGGGUGUGGUGGACUCAGAGAAAUUCCUCCCUCAGAGAGUAUGGUUAGUGAUAAUUUCAGGGACUCAUCAAAGAUGAAGAUCGAUUGUUCAGCCUUUAAAAAUGCAGAUCCAGAUCAUCUGUGGCAGUGUGUGAAUGGCGAACAGGACAAUUCAGCAUCAUGCAAACCUGUUUCUGUCAUAUGUGAAGGUUAUACGAGACUGCAGCUCAAAGGAAACCAGUCAAAUGUGUGUUCUGGGCAGCUGGAAAAAGAAGAAAAUAACAACUGGGUACCUGUUCAACAGGACAACUUUGAUUUUGAUGUGUGCCAGCAAAUGCACUGCGGUAACUCUCUCAGCCCAAACAACCGCACAAACAAAAACCUUAAUGUGACAUGCACAGAUAAAGUUAAAGUAGUUCUGAAGCACUCUGGCAAAGACAGCAAGUGCUAUGAACAUCAGAAUUCAGGAGGGAUAAUGGACCAUGUGAGCUGCAAAGGCAAUGAGUCCUCACUGUGGCACUGUCAGGCUCAGCAUGGCAAGAACAUCCAGUGUUCAAAACAACCUUAUGUGGUGUGUUCAGGCAGUGUGGAGGUGAAACUGGCAGAUGGUCCUGGAAGAUGUGCUGGAAGAUUGGAGAUAAAGCAUGAGGGCCAGUGGAAGAAAGUUCCUGUAAAAGGAUGGACAGACGCUCAAUCAGCAGCUGUCUGCAAACAACUGCAAUGUGGGGAAAAAGGCAAAACUGAAAAAUUCAGUCAGGGUUCUGGUAGCUUCCUGUCAAUAACGUGUCCGAGAAAUAAGAAGAUAUCAAAGAUAUCUGAGUGUUUAACAGAAAACUCAAACAACCAAUUUUCGGAUCGGGAAGCGGAAGCAGCUGGAAUCACCUGUGAGGGUCACAAGGUGGUGUUUUUAAGUGGAACCUGUUCUGGUCAUGUGGGGAUAGAGCAUGGCAGAGAAAUCUACUGGCUCUCUGGGUCUAAAGAGACAUGGAACCAAGAGUCUGCAGACACAGUGUGUCAGCAGAUGCAUUGUGGGAACGCUGCAAACUUUUCUUUCAAUUCUAGGGCUGAUAUGAUUAAUAAAGUUUGGAAAAACUCUUUUAGCUGCUCAUCCAGAGAAAACUCUCUUUUUGAGUGUAACCAAACUACACCUCUGCCUCCUGACCACCAUAAUUCUACUGCCUAUGUGAAAUGUUCAGGAAAUAUUGAGAUGAGGUUGACGAACAGCUGCUGGGGAAAAGUCAGGAUUCGUGUAGAAGAGAAGGAAGGAGAUAUGUGUGGAGACACCUGGACAGAAGACAAGUCUGUGAAGCUGUGUGAAAAGAUGAACUGUGGGAUGCCCAUAAAAGCCCACAACAGUCCCAAAGAUGGUGAUAUCCUCUUUAAGAGUUUACACCCGACAAAUCAGACUACUGACCUGACACAGAGCAUCUUUGUCAAAAACCAGGACAAUGAUAAGUCCUGUAAACAAAAACCAGCCUAUGUUGUUUGCUCAGGUAGUGUCAAGCCCAGAUUUAGCAUUCCCAGUUACAAAUGCUUUGGAAACGUAGAGGUGGAGUAUGAGGGGAAGUGGAUCCCUGUGUGCGAGGAUGCUCUCAAAGACACUAACAAUGGAAACACCAUCUGUCAGGAGCUUAAAUGUGGUGAUGCUGUCGAAACUCUUCCCUACUUUGGACCUGCACCAGCAGAUAAAUUAGCCAUUUCAAACCUAAACUGCAUUGCAAAUGCUAACAGUCCAUUAUCUGCAUGCAGCAGUAUUACUGCUUCUACAGCUGCCUGCAAACACAGUGGCCUCCGAUGCUCUGAAUGGAGGACGAUGGUACCUGACAAAAAGGCCUGUAGUGGAACAGUGUUGGUUCACUGGAGACAGGGACUCAGUGCUGUUUCCAGAGAAAACUUCAAUGAAACUGAGAAGGAAAAGCUUUGCCAGGAUAUGGACUGUGGUGGAUACCAAUCAACAAAUGAAAUCCACCCCCAAACAAUUGAAAUAGAUUCUUUUUGGAACAAAAGCUUCAGCUGUGGUGAAAAUCCAGGAAGCAUUUGGGAAUGUGAAAAUAAAACCACACCCUCAAGGAAUGAGCCUGUCUUUAUUGAAUGCAAAAGUAAGAUUUAUAUCAGCAGGACUGAUCUUAAAUGA